UUUGAACAAAAUAGCUUAAGAUACAAUGAUAAAAGAAAAAUAAUGUAGAUUGAUGCCUAUUAAUCCCUUCACGUUUAAACUUUAGAGAUUAGUGUUAUCUUAUGUUUGCGUGUUUGUGUUCGUGUUCAUGUCCGUGCUUCAUUGUAGCUAAUGCGUGUUCUUCUUUCUAGUAACUUUGUGAUGAUUCAUUUGAUAAUUUGACUUAUAUUUCUACAGUCUUGAUUUAAUUUUGUUCAUUGCUUCCCUUAGAGAACAGCAGAUGAAAGAACAGCUAAGGUGGCAGAACUUGAGCAGAAGGUUGAAUGUGCAUCCUUGAAUCAAGAGCUACAAGAUAUGGAAGCCCGUGCUUGUUGUGGACAAAAGAAGUCUCCUGAAGAUGCGAAUCAAAUGAUUCAGAUGCAGGCAUGGCAGGAAGAAGCGGAGCGAGCUUGGCAAGGUCGGAGAGAUGCUGAGAGCAAGCUUUCUUCUUUAGAGGCUGAAGUGCAAAAAAUGAGAGUCGAAAUGUCUGCCAUGAAGAGAGAUGCAGAGCAUUAUUCACGUCAAGAGCAUAUGGAGCUGGAGAAACGGUACCGUGAACUAACUGAUCUGUUGUAUUACAAGCAAACACAGUUGGAAGCCAUGGCUGGCAAAAAAGCUGCGUCAGAAUUUCAAUUAGAGAAGGAGAUGAAGCGGCUUCAAGAAGCUCAGGUAGAAGCAGAAAGGAGCAGAGUUUCUCGUCGAGCAUCAUCAUCUUGGAAAGAAGACACUGACAUGAAAACACUUGAGCCUCUUCCCUUGUAUCACCGCCAUAUGGUUGGGGUGAGCAUUCAGUUGCAGAAUGCAGCAAAACUUCUAGAUUCUGGGGCUGUCAGGGCCACACGAUUUCUGUGGCGAUAUCCAAUUGCUCGAAUCCUGCCGUUUUUCUAUUUGGUAUUUGUGCAUUUUUUCUUGAUGUAUCUGCUACAUCGUCUGCAGGAACAAGCUGAUUCUUUUUCCUCUAGAGAAGUUGCCGAAUCCAUGGGACUCGCCAACUAUACUUUACAGUGAAAGGUAGCUCUGCAUGAGGCCAUUCGCAAGCAACAUUGCCUGUUUGUGACAACUACAACAUUGGUAGGUCUCUAUGUAGAUACAAGUUUGUUCCUCUACAAACCACAAGAAUAAUUAAGCAUGGCGAAUUGGGUCAAUCUGUUCAGUAUCAAUGCAGGGAGUCUUUUCUUCAUUGAAUCCACUGCCAGUAGUGGGAAACGCUAUGCAAGUUAUGUGCGAUGCAACUCUUUCUUCAUGCUGACAUAUCUCAAAUUACUAUUUUUUUUAUCAUUUUAAUUUUUUUUGGUCAAAAAUGCUUUGUACCUAGGAAAAAAAUAAGCUAGAUACAUUCAAAAAGUAAAGUGUAUGACUGUAGAUUCAAACUUUGGUGGGGGUGUGAACUAAUACCCAAACAAUAGCGAUUCGUAGCUCGAAAUAUUGUGGCUCGAGAGUGGCCCGAAUGUUACUUUUUA